AGUUUGUAGGAAGGAGUGCGCUCAGUUGGAGAGACAGACAGAGAGGGGGAAAGUGAGUUGGGCUCCGGCGAAGAGGAAAAAGACAGAAACCAGGAGACAAAUUUCUUCCAGACUCUCACUUUUUUUUUUACCAAGAGGUUUGUAGUGCGCUUUCAAAGCGCAGCGGAAAACAGCACACGCGUUAUCAAGAAUCUGUAUUUCGAGUGGUUCAUUUUUGGAAGGGCUCAAAAUUAAAUUUUGAGUGUAGUGGAUGUGAAAAGCGGGCUUCGGUUUAACACAGAGCCGGAGGAAUGUAUACAAUGCAGGCAGCGGCAAGCCAGCUUCUCUGGAGAUAUCCAGCCUGCGCUCUCUGGAUGGCCCUGCUCCUCCAAAGUGUCCUGGACCUCAGCGCGUCUGGGUCUGAGUUUCCCCAAGACCCGAGUGUGCUAGCUACCACUACAUGGAACACCUCUAGUGAUGGGCCCUUCUUCAUCCGUCUUGAAGCUCCCAUGAACAACAUCACCACCUCUCUGGGCCACACAGCUGAGCUUUUCUGCCGUGUGUCCGGCAACCCGCCGCCCGCUGUGCGCUGGCUAAAGAACGACGCCCCGGUGGUGCAGGAACCACGACGGAUCUCAUACCGAUCCACGCCUUAUGGAUCACGCCUCCGCAUCCGCAACCUGGACACUACUGACACUGGCUACUUCCAGUGCAUGGCCACCAACACCCAGGGUACCGUUUCCACCACAGGCGUGCUGUUUGUGAAAUUCGAUCCAUUACCUACACCUCUGACAGGAAGGCCAACGUAAGUUACUUUUCCUCUAUCCAUUUUUCUCUGUCUGUGUGUUCAUGCUAUACUUACCACAAUGCAAUACAGGGGACUGUUUCACAAGUGUUUUGUGAGCACUACUCACAUGCAAAUGGUGGCAGCAUCACGUUUCACAAAUCAUUGUUGCUUGACAAUUGCAGAUAGAUUUGUGAGUCCUACAGAUUUCUUGAAUGACGCACGCCCGAAUUGUAUGUUUUUUGUUUUGAUUAGUGAAAUGUUCUAAAAUCACAAAGAAGAGAGAGAAAAGGGAUAAACUCAUAUGCCUAUACUGAUAAUACACUGUUUGCUGACACAGUCUGAAAACUGGAAAAUGCAGCAUUAUUUUUCUAUCUCAUGUUUCUCAUAGUAAUUAAUUGCCUGCUUGGAUAGAGCCUAUGCAGCAUGCUCAUUGAGCAAUCACUCACAUUAUAACACACCUCGGUCUGCAAUUUUCUAUUUUAUUGGUACAAGUCUCAGUGUGGCUAAAUGAAUAUCUAAGAUGAUCCUUUAAAUCCCAAAUGUCUGAUGUUGUUUCUGUCCAACCAUCACAGCUGUGUAAACCAGAUGUUGACAUCUAUAACACACUAUACAGCGUCUAACAUACUGAUCCUGGUAGUAGCAGGGAAAUUUAGUUAAUUUACUUUUGACCUACUGUAAAUUCAAAACCUGUGCUAUUUAUUUAAUUUCAAGGUAAUAAUGAGACAUUUGUCUGAUUUCAGGGCUAUGAUGAAAUUAUUAUAAUUAAGAGUGAAUGUCCUUAGUGUACUAAUGAGUUUAGUUGAUUAACUGAAAUAUUUCCACCGGAAAUGAGCAGUAUAGAAAAAUUACCUACAUAUGUCUGUGUGGUUUCUUUAAUAUAACCUUGUAUAAUCAUCCAGUUAGCUGCCAGCUGUCUGGAUGAACAGCAAAACCAACCACAGUCCUGCUCUCUUAACAUGCACAUCAAAUUAAAAAGGGUCUUAAGAGUAACAAAUAAAAUCAAAUGAUACAAAAUGUUUUUAAAAAUGUAUCAAUAAAUAUAUUCUACUAAAACAUUUUUAUGUUCUUGGCAAUAGCAAUGCUGCUGCUCAAAUCAAAAUUUAGUUUGACUCUGGUGAGCUUCCUUUGCUUUGUUUUGAUGUCUCCCCAGUGUUGUGGGAUAAAACUCUAAGAACUUUCUCAGUUUGUUUGAUUCUCGCAGCAUCAAAGGAAUUAAGCUGGAUGAUUUUCCCCAAUGACAUUAUGGCGAGGCUUACUGCCAUGUUCCAUGCAGCGUGCUGUGAAUCAAAACUGCUGGCACAAAGAGGAUAUGAGACACUUACUAAAUCCACUCACUGCCUGCACAGUCGUACACAUACGCACACAUUUGAGCAUGUACGCAUACUCCUUUUUUAAAACAUCUGUUUCCACCACUCCUUUGUUUACAUGUUUUUGACUUUUUUCCUGUGUGACUAAAUUGCAUCUUGUUUCAGAGAUGAGACAGUUGGCUCACAAAGACAACACAAUGAUAUCUUCUCAAGGGAGUUAUCAAUGGAAAGGAAAAAAUAUAUAGAUUGGCCUCCAAAAACAGCAAUGUGAAAAUACUGGAAAUAAACUAAACUAAAAUGGAAAAAUAAAUGUAGAUAGUUGCAGGAUGUGUUUAUGCUAAAUUACAAGUUGACAUAAGAGAUUAUCUGGAUGACAUUGCCAGACUGGCAUGAUUUAUGAUCAUGAGAAGUUUGUAAUGCAGUUUCUCACAUCGGAUGAAUGAAUUUGCAACUAAUAAAAAGAAUGAUUGGAUGAUUAAGUCUUCACCUCUACAAUCCUUCUAACAAUCCAUCUGGAGAUUUUGAAUUCUGUGUCUGCUAUCAUUAAGUAUGUGGAUUUGUUGUUUGUCCAGUGGAAAGCUUUUAUCUUCGAAUUUUCUGCUCUUGCUUUAUGGUGGAUUUGUAAGGUAAUAUUUUAGGCUUGAAAGGUUUCAAAAGUUUUACUUGUGAUAAAAAUGAGCUAUUUUCACAAAAGUGUUUAUUUAAAUGGAUAUAGUACCAUGAAAAUCACCAGAUAUUCAUGAAUUUCACAAGUUGCAGGUGAUUAAAAUCUACAGAGGCUUCUUGCCUCCUUUCCGUGACUUUCAAGUUCUAAUAAAUUAAGUUCUUCCUCUUUUGUUUUUUUCCCCCCUGCCAACCCAUGAAGGAAAGUGUUGCAGUCAGCCGAACCACGUGAUAUUGAGCCACAUUACAGUCAUUACAGACUUCAUUUAAAUGGACAGUGGCCUCCUUUGACAAUGGCAGAGCUGCAGGGGUGGUGGGCUGAUUGUCACUGCUGCUCAUCAUUAGUGCCACGGCCAACUUAUUAGCUGUAAUGUAGGGUGGCAGGCUGUCAAGAAGACAAGGUCACCUAAUGAUGACACUUGACGACCUGCAGCCGCUUACGUCAUGCAGCAGCUGUUCAAAUGUCAAAACGUCUGCUCCUUGACUCAAAGUUUUUGG